AGCGCCGCAAUUACUCUGUUCCUAGCCACAACUGACGCUACAAUCGUGUCUACGAUCCUGCCAACGAUAUCUAGCGACCUCAACGCGUCACAGUUGGAGUACACAUGGGUCGGCGUGGCGUACAUGCUCACGCAGACGGCUUUCCAGCCCUUGUACGGGAAAAUAUCCGAUCUUCUAGGGAGGAAGACUGUUCUCUACAGCAGCAUGGUUGUCUUCGUGACGGGUUCCAUUCUGUGCGGCGGUUCUCAGAGCAUGCUCUGGCUUAUCAUAGCCCGAGCGCUCGCAGGAAUCGGCGGGGGAGGGAUCGUCAGCCUGGUGUGGACGAUCACCUCCGAAAUUGUGGAAGAGCGGUCCCGUGCGAAGUGGUCUCAGGCCCUCAGCAUCACCUGGAGCUGCUCGGCGAUAGCUGGUCCUCUCCUAGGCGGUGCCUUCAGCAAUGUGCAUGUGAGUCCUCACAUUAUCCCACGGGACAGACCCCUUGAAUGGAUACCCCCCUUAGUUUACCUCAACCUCCCUGUUUGUCUUGUUGCUCUUGUGGUGCUUCUUCUCGCACUCCGCGGAGUAGACGUGGGUGUGUCUCGACAGACGUCAUGGCAUACGUUUGCACAUACCUUCGACUUCCUCGGCUUGUCAUUAUUCAUGUGCGGAAGCAGCUGCAUCAUCAUUGGCUUCAGCUUUUCCGGGAGUCUGGGAUGGGACAACCCCGGAACAUUGAUUUUGAUCAUAUCUGGGGUAGCCGUUCUCAUUCUCGGAGGAUGCUACGAAGUCCGAACAAAACGUGAUGCGCUAUUCCCGCGAACCGCUUUUGUUGAUCGCACAACAAUCAUCAUCCUCGCUAUAAACUUCUUGCACAACUUAUGCUUCAAUGCUGGAACGUUCUAUCUAGCGCUUUAUUUCCAGUCUGUUGAGAGCCUGAAGCCGGUCAUCGCUGGUUUGCACAUGUUGCCGUAUUCACUGGGGUCAUCUGUUGCUUCUCUCCCAGUCGCCUGGUACAUCUCAUGGCAGCAGAAGAGGACAGGCGGCAUCAGCGCGCAAAAGCUUAUGAUAAGCACCGGUUUAUGUCUGGCAGCGCUGGGAUUUGGUCUGAUGAUCACACUUAACGACUUGUCUUCUCGCAUUAUCCAGAGCGUUUUCCCCUUGCUCUGCGGCCUCGGACUCGGCAUGCUUUUCCACGCACCAUAUCAGAUUUUCACCAAGACCCUCCGUCCUAAGGAGCUCGCAUCUGGAACGAGUGCAUUCUUUCUAGUCCGCUUCACAGGCGCCACCGUUGGCCUCUCUGUUGCAGGGGCGGUAUUCAAUUCUCGCCUGUCGCAAUUGUUGCCAAACGGCAUCGGAUCCCCUUCUGAUUUCAAUCUUAACCAACUUAACCUCAUCACUCCCCUGGCUUUACAACUCGAAGUGGUACACGCAGUAUCCGUGUCGAUCCAAACCAUAUGGGCGAUAUGCUGCCCUUGCUUGGGCGUGGCGUUUCUGGUCGGUAGUUUUACUAACGCGUUCGCUAGUUAUUCGAUUUAA